UGUCGGUUAGUUUAGUUGCUUUUCUUUCCAUGUUGUGACUCCUUGUGACUGUUAAUUGUUUCUAAUUAAAUUCUAUUCUUUUUUUGAUUAGUUUUUUUCCUCUAAUUUUGGUGAUUACUUUUAAAUCUUGGGAGUCAAUUUGAUUAGUUUUUCUUGCCCAAUUUCGUCAACUCAAGAAUAUCAACCAGGAAUAAAAGCCUUUCAGUUUCUUCUUUUUUUUUGUUCUACAUGCGAUUUACCUUUUGGUUGGAUUGAUUGUUAAUCAAACUGUUUUCUAUCUCAAUUGUUGUUAAUGGACAGAUUAAAAUCGGAUUAAUUUUCAAAGUAAAUUAAAGAAAGUGUCUCAAUAUGGAUGCCAAAUUUACCACUCUCACUAUAUUAUUGGUGAUAAUUUUCAUCUGCAAGAUUGUAACCGGUGAAUCAUCUUCUCAGGGUAAAUGUGUUCUCGGUGGUAUUUGUGGUCAUGGUGGAACAUUUCAAUCGCCAAUACCUUGUUAUGAGCCUCAUUCACCUUCACCUUUAGCAAAUGAAUCUUACAGAAUUUUAUUGAAAGAUUUGUGUCCAAGUUUAUUUGAGAAAACCGAUAAUCCUUUAGUGUGUUGUUCAACUGAACAAAUAGACGCACUAGAAAAAUCAUAUGAAACACCAGCUCAAUUUCUUGGUCGAUGUCCAUCUUGUUUCUUUAAUUGGAAAAGAAUUUUCUGUGAAAUGACAUGUUCUUCUCGUCAAAGUGAAUUUAUCAACAUAACCAAAUGGGUUCCAUUAGAAUCAUCACCUGAAAAACUUCAAGUUCACAAUACAACUUAUUUCUUAUCCGAAUCAUUUGCCAAAGAUCUUCACCAGUCAUGUAAAUCCGUCCAAACGCCUCUAAAUUUACCCGCUUUAACCCUUAUGUGUGGUAUCACUGAUGACGGUGAUUGUACCUAUCGAAAGUGGUUAAGCUUCAUGGGAUUAUCUCAUCGCCAUGGUGGCCAUUCACCCGUCCAGAUAAAUUUUACUUUAACCUCUGACACUGAGAUUAAAUCACCUGAUGGUCAAUCCUUUUACCCAAUGUCAGCUCAAGCCACACCUUGUCACAAGAGUAUCGGCUUAGGAUUUGAUCCAUGUAGUUGCGCCGAUUGUGAACAAACCUGUGCUAUUGACAUUCUACCUCGAAGUGCUCGUAAAUUACCACCACCACCCGAACCUUUCACCAUCUUAGGUCAAAGAGGAGCCGCUGUUAUUGGUUAUUUACUUUACGCUAUCAUUUUAAUCAUCACCUCAGCCUAUUUCACUAAUCUAUUUUUCAAGAGAAACAAAUCAUUUAGUCGUAAAAAUCGCACAGACUUUUUGAAACUCGAAAUUAAUGACAAUCGUCAAUUGUCAUCAAUUCUUAACGAUGGAUCUUCAGAUGAAAAUGAACCUCUUGAAAGAGGUGGAUUAACUCAAACUGAAUUCACGGGUCCCAUAUCUGCGAUCACUCCACGUUCAAGUCCGACCCGCGAUCUGGCAUCGAUGAGCUCUGAUGGUAAAUCGAGUCAAGGAGAAAAAUUGAGUCUUGGAUUACGUUUCGAGUUAUUUUUCGAGAAAUGGUUCACAAUUUGGGGAAAAUAUGUCGCCGACCGACCUAUUCCAAUUAUGAUCAUCUCUUUGAUCGCAUCUCUAAUUUUAGCCUCUGGUUUGUCAACAAUUAAAGUGACCACCGAUCCAGUUGAUCUAUGGGUCGCCUCUGGAAGUCAAGCUCGAUCUGACCUGGAAUAUUUCACAAAUUUUGGAAAGUUUUUCCGAAUCGAGAUGAUAAUUGUUUCUCCAACGGAUAAAACAUUUUUCCAAGGAAAUUAUUCCAACAAUGGGAAAACAAAAUCUGAUCUUUUUGGUCCAGCAUUUAGGAGACAAUUUUUAAAAGAUGUUCUUGUUUUGCAAAAGGAGAUAGAAAAUUUAAAAGUGACCAAUGGAGAUCAUGAUGUGACCUUACAAGAUAUUUGUGUUAAACCUUUAGGAACAAGUUGUGCCACUCAGAGUAUUUUCACCUACUUUUUUGACGAUCCUCAAGAAAUUGACGAUGAAAAUUAUCUUUACAAAGUAGCUACUUGUCCGAGCAAUCCAACGGCAAUGACUGAUGACAAAUUUUUAUGUGUCAAAAAUGGAUCAAUACCGUUGAUUUAUCCCGAAGCAGCUCUUGGUGGAUUUUCUGAUAAUACUUACAGGGAAGCUCAAGCAUUAGUGAUCACUUUCCCUGUUAAUAACUUUAACGACUCAUUGAGAUCGUCUGAUGCUAUUGCUUGGGAACAAGGUUUCCUCGAUUUAGUAAAAAACUAUUCAAAUUCUGGAAUGAAAAUUGCAUUUAAGGCUGAAAAGUCAAUCGAAGAUGAAAUCGAUCGGCAAAGUCAAUCGGAUAUUGUUACAAUCGCUAUUUCUUAUAUAAUUAUGUUUGUUUAUAUUUUACUUGCACUCGGGGAAAAUUCAAAUAUCAGCACUUUACUUGUUGACGCUCGAUUCACUUUGGGUUUUGUUGGAGUGUUGAUUGUGUUACUUUCGGUCUUAUCAUCACUUGGUUUCUUUUUCUUCUUGGGUGUUUCAGCGACACUGAUCAUCGUUGAGGUCAUUCCAUUCUUGGUAUUGGCUGUUGGUGUUGACAAUAUUUUCAUAUUGGUACAAACAUUUCAACGAGAUGAACGGAGACAAGAUGAAACAAUUAAUGAACAAAUCGGACGUGUUGUUGGUGAAAUCGCACCAAGUAUGUUACUAUCAUCUCUAUCAAUGUCAAGUUGUUUCUUUAUUGGUGCAUUAACACCAAUGCCGGCAGUUCGUAUCUUUGCUCUUUAUGCUGCUGUCGCUUUGGUGAUAAAUUUCGUCCUUCAAAUGACUUGUUUCUUGUCGAUAUUUGUUCUUGACACUCGUCGACAAACAUCUAAUCGUUUAGAUGUUUUCUGUUGUAUAAAAGCGCCCAAGUCGACAAAGUCUAACUCAAAAGAUUUAAACAACGGUGUAAUCCAUAGUUUUUUCCGAGAAAUUUACUCUCCAUUCCUGCUCAAAGACGCAACUCGAUUUAUCGUACUACUCAUCUUCGGCGGUUGGUUUUGUUCAUCUAUCAUUUGUCUCGAUCAAAUUCAUAUUGGUCUAGAACAAGAAGUCUCAAUGCCCGAUGAUUCUUACAUGAUGGACUAUUUUGCUUUCUACAAAGACUACUUACAAGUCGGCCCUCCAGUCUAUUUUAUUAUCAGCGACGGUUACAACUAUUCGAAUCCAGUGGCUCAAAAUCGUUUAUGCGGCGAUUCAACCUGUGAUCGAGAUUCUGUCCUAAAAAUACUUAAUUACUUUGCGACUCAACCUUCCAGUUUUCUUGCUUCACGUCCUUCAUUUUGGUUAACCGAUUAUACUCAAUACCUACGAGGCGAUACUUGUUGUAAAAAAUAUGAAAAUGGUUCUCAGUGCCUAGGAAAUGAUAUCGAAUGUGAAACAUGUCUUGAUGAUUUAAGAGUCCGUCCGAUGGGCAAAGAGUUUGAUUCUUAUUUGCCUUUCUUUUUGAACCAUAAUCCCGGAAUCGAUUGUUUCCUUGGUGGAAAAGCACAAUUCGCAAACACUGUUAGAGUAGUUACAGAUCAAAAGGGAAACUCUAAAGCUGGUCCAUCUCAUAUGAUGAUUUAUCGUAAACCACUUAAAACGUCAAAAGAUUUUUACGAAUCUCUGCGAAUUUCUCGUCAAAUUGCCGACAAAUUAACCAAGAAAUUGCAGAAAGGAGGCUUCACAAAGGCGAGCGUACGAACCUACAGUUUCACUGACGUUUUUUACGAACAAUAUUUAACUAUGUGGGGAGAUACCGCUCGAAGUUUAAGCCUUUCGAUCGGAGCAGUUUUCAUAGUUACUUAUCUAUUUUUUGGCCUUGACUUUUAUUCAGCAAUUAUCGUAGCAUUUACAAUUCUCAUGAUAAUAAUUAACUUAAUGGGUAUGAUGUAUUGGUGGGAUAUAUCAUUAAAUGCAAUUUCACUUGUUAAUUUAGUUGUGGGCGUUGGAAUAUCAGUUGAAUUCUGUUCUCAUUUAGUCAGAACUUAAAUUUCUCCAGCAUCAACAAGAAUACAACGAGCGCACGAAUCAUUAUCAAUAAUGGGAAGCUCUAUUCUUUCCGGUAUCACAUUAACCGAUUGUGGUAUCUUAGUUUUAGCCUUUGCUAAAUCGAAAAUUUUCCAAGUCUUCUAUUUCCGGAUGUACCUUGGAAUCAUUGUCUUCGGUACUCUACAUAGUUUAAUUUUCCUUCCAGUAUUAUUGAGUAUAAUUGGUCCACCACUCAACGAACAGCGACUCUCGUUAAUUCAGAAUAAAUCAUCAAAUAAAUCACCAUCAGCAUCAACUUUCCAAGUAACAUCAGAAUUAUCAUUCACCAAGUAUCGGGAAAACGGUGAUCAAAAGAAGGACUCACUGGAUAAUGAGAGAUGUUAAAUUAUCAUCGUUAAUUUAAUCAUGAUAAUUGUUAUUUUUUUCUUCAACUUCUAUAAAUUAAUUGUGCACCUGAAUUAAUAUUCAAGUAAAAAAGCAAAACUGAUCAUCAAUGGACAACAAAUCAAAAGGAUUGAGAAAUCACAAUUAGCAAAUGAUAACUGAUUAUGGUUUUGUUGACCUGAUUGCACAAUUUGAUAAUAUAAUCAAAAGACAGUUUAAUUAGAUUUUCAAUUAGUUACUCAACCAUCAAUGUCUGUGAUUGUUUGAUUGAAACAAUUAAAAAGCAAAAUUAAUUGUUGAAAAGGCUAAAUGUGAUAGCUCAAUAUAAAAAAUAUAUUAAUUAGAGACUCAAAUUUUCAAUUCUAAUUAUUAAUGUUAAUUCAAUUAUGAUGAUAGGGUUAAUCACAAUUACAACAACAAAAAACUUAAUUUCAUCAGUUAACAUCAACAAUUAGAUGAGAUUUAAUUUUUUGCAACUUUGUUUUUUUUUUCGUAUUUGAUAAUAUCAAGACUAAUUAUCAUUCGUCUACUUGAUUGUGGGUCCAUUUAAUUAAUUAAUUGUAAUUUAUUUUUUCUACUUGUAAACACUUUCUCGCUCAUGAUAAAUCAUUUGUAACACUUUCCUAAAUUGUAACAAUUGAUUGUCACCUCCAAGUAACUGAUUACUAUAAAUCAGAGCCAAUUCUGACUAUUGUUGUAAGUCAUCAUUACUUUUGAUCAAGUUUAAUUGUAAACAUCAUUUUCAAAUCAAAAAAUAUUAAUUGAUUAACUAGCGAUUUUAUUAGCAAUACAACAUGAUUUAAAUUGUAACAACAUUUCCAAACAACAAUUAACUCGGACUAAUUCAAGAGUAAACAAUCAGUCAUUGUAACAAUUAACAUCUCUUGCUGAUUUGAUGAUGAUUCAACCAUUUCCAUGUUAAUUAAAAUUAUCUUGAUUAUUGAAUUAGUAUUAACAAAGUCAAUUGAUAUUUGUUAACAAUUAAAACAUACUCAUUGUUAAUUAAUGUUAAUCAAUUAAAUAAUUUAACUCGA